CUCAGCUGAACAUGAUGGGAUCGGCACAAUAUCGAGGUGCCACAAAACUGAAUCCUGAACCCGAUUAAAUCCGAUGACCUUGUUUUGGCUAGCAUUUGCUCCGUUGCCUUCUACCUCCAUCCAUGAGCGUGAGGUUGUCAGAUAGGAGCCGGCAUCGACAUGCCUGCUCUGUCACCUUCCAAGAGCAAUGCGCCGUUCUCGGAUAGGUUUCCAUUCGACAUUGAGAAACGCAUUCUAUUUCACGCCUUGGCACUUCCUCCUUUCUAUCCGUCGAAAGAAGUCACCGAUGCCGAGUUCACUACCCUGGCAUUGGCCGCUCAGACUGGACGUGCAAGGAAAGCCGGUAGGAUCAAGGCUAGGCUGGAGACCCAACGUGCUGCACUGAGCUGCAUGACUGUAUGCAAGGCUUGGAAGGGUGAAGCGACCAAAUACCUUUAUAUUGAGCCAUACUUGACGUCUGACAACCUGUAUGCGUUUUCUCGAACUCUGCGGCGAGGGGACAAACGAUGGUCAGAUAUCAACAUUCACCCCGCCUCGACGCCGGGAAGAUGGGUCAGGACACUGGACUUGACGUGCCUGCAUCAAGGGGAAGCCACGCUACAUUCCACCAUUCUCGCCAAGAGUUGCGCCACCGUCUUCCCUCUGAUACCAAAUCUUCAGCAUCUCAGUCUUCCUGCUGGUCUUUCCGCUUCAACAUUGCACGACAUCUCAGAGGCGGCCUUCGCCUCAAAACUUGUCUCGUUGUUGGGACUCGAGGUCGACUACGAAUGGCAACAGGAUCCCGAAGGUCGUCCAACAUCAUCUGCCUCAGAGCUGCUGCUAUCUAUGCCGAAUCUUGAGCUGCUCGGGCUGUGUGGACCAGGCAACAUUCUGGCGGAAGCACAGCCCUUGGAUGUCGGGAAUCUCAUUCCACAUCUAUCACUGCGCAGGCUGCACACUUUACUCCUGCAGGGCGUGUUGACCGGUCCGGUGCUGGCUUCGUUGAUCGAAACGGAUUUGCCAUCUCUAACCCGACUCCACAUCACAUCAUUCUGGCAGUAUCCCUCCGAUCUCACUGAAACGUUCCAACAGACCCACGGAAGUUCUGUCAAAUGCUUGUCAUACAUGCCUAUACGUCAAACAGAGAGGCCAUCAACGUCGCCUGAACCAACAUUCGUGUGGCACCCAAAUGUAACCCAUAUAGGUUUCGCUACAGCUUGUUGCGAGAUCCUAACCCAAGGUCCACAAACAGGUCUGUCCCACCUGAGAUUGUCGAAACCUGGUCCGGCGGGGAACGAGACUGGAGAUACCGAAGCGGUUCUUGCGUGCCUGUCAAAGGCGAAAUCCCAUGGGAUAUCCCUCAUCACCAUGGAUGGCCUCCGAUGGGUCAAGCUCAACCUUGGCGAGAAGGCCAUGUCGACGGGAUAUUCUGGGCAGAUGCGCGUAUGGGCGGAGAAGCUAAGAGCAGUGGGUAUCACGAUGCUCGAUAUGGACGGUCGGUCAUACCCCUCCACGUUCAUUGCUGGCGUGGGCCAUGGAUUGGGCCCCUUCAGAGAUGGAAGUCGUCGGAGGCGACCAAGCGAAGGACAAGGUACUCGAGUCCGACCGGAGAAGUUGUACGAGGACGGAGCCUAGUGAAGGGGAGAUGCUGCCCUAGUAUCGUCGGAAUAUCAUUUGUUGUCGGCUUGAAAUCUUGUUUAUCGCGUUGUAUCCCAAUGUAUUCAAAAACUCCGCUCACAUGCUUUUACCAGCUCAAACAAGAUCGACCGAGUCGGGGAACCAGCCAAAUCUUGCGAAAUUCACUCGCUCGCCAUUCGUGCCCCUCAUGCGUUCCACUUCCACCCCAUCUUCCUCCAGUGCAGCUUUCUGCCGCGCGACAGCUUGACCCUCAUCGCCACGGGGAGAAAUCUGACCAGUCGAGGAUAUGACACGCUGUACAGAAAUCGAUGACUCAGACGGAAUCUCACGGCUCG